AUGGACUUGGAUUUAUUCACCGAAAGUUCAAAAAAAUCCCUGAGAUGUGCCACUUGCUCCAACUACCUGUCGUAUUUCCCAAUACGUCUUUUGGAAAAUUCCGACAACAUUUGUGGCCGAUGCUUGCCGCCUCCGAACCAACCCCAUUUUCGCAACACAGUCUACGAAAAAGCCUGCCUGGGGCUAAAAUUUCCCUGCAUUUACGAAGAAGACGGUUGUAGAACGAAGCUGUUCCCUCUGGAUAUACCCCAGCACGAAGACACCUGUCCUUGCAAAACGCCAUGUCCACUCACGUCGGUCCAUUGCAGCUGGAAAGGCCACUUUUCGCAACUCCUCCAACACUGCCGCUCUAACCACCCAAACAUGUUUCUAGACCAUUCAGAGUUCGACUUAGACCUGGCCAAAUCGCACGAAAACGAAAGUCUUCUCGAACAGAACUCCAAAGUCGUGCUAGUGAUACGAAGAAAAUAUGAUUCUAGUCAGAAACUGGUGACUUUUUCGGUGAGCCACAGCGGCGACAGAAGUUUGAAGUACUUCUGCCAGAUAACGUUUACGAGUGGAGACAGAAACUUCCAAAUUGAGUGUGACGCCUAUAGUUUUAGAGAAAACAAGUCUGGGGAUGUUGUUUUCGAAGUGAACGACGAUGCUGUUCAAAGAGUUGCGGUUUUGGAGAGUCAAACCAGUUCGGUUUCCAGCAGGAUGAAUGACGAGAUGUUGUCAGUACUGAAAUGCUCAGACUGUUUGGAGUUUGCGUUGCCUCCGGUGUACCAGUUUUCUGGAAAUGUGAUCAGGUGUUUUGAGUGUAGGGAGAAAAUUUUGGCAAAGGGGAUGUCGGAUGAGGGGAUGAGAUCCUUUAGCGUUGACAAUGUGGCCAACAAGUUGGAUUAUCCUUGCAAAUAUCGGAAAUAUGAUUGUAUAAAAUUCCGUUCUACUUCAUACGUGCUUGAUUCAUCUGACUCCCAAAUGGAUUUCAGCGCCUUGCAAACCCGCGAUUGGAUAGAGCAACUAAAGUGUUCUGUGUGCACGAAUUAUCUGUCGUACUUUCCGGUUUAUAUUUCGGCAACUAACGACAAUAUCUGUGGAAGGUGUUCGUCGAAAAUGGCAGCUGCCUAUUUAAGACAAAAUAAAGUGUAUGAGAUCGUCGCUCAAGAUCUGGAAUUUUCCUGUCGUUACCAAAGCGAGGGUUGCUGGGAAAAGUUAAAGCCGGAGAAAAUUCCACAGCACGAGGCCAACUGCCCUUAUAUGACAACUGAGUGUGUAACCAAAAGUUUUACCAAGUGUGAAGUGCAAGUAUCAAAACCUAAUAUGACGAAACACUGCCAUGAAAAGCAUUCGGAAAUUUUUCUGACAAAUGGCAAAUUUGAUAUAGAUCUAUCAGGCUCACAAGUUGUUUACAAUCUUUUGGAACAUAACAAUCAGCUUCAUAUUAUCAAAAGAAAAUACCACCCGGACGAAAAAAGGUUUGCCUUUUUUAUGGCAGGCAAAGAAAAUCAAAAAGACUUCGCAUUUAUUCCGUAUGUUUUGAAGUUUACUUGUGUCAACAGAGAACUUACAAUCAGACAUGGUGCUAACGCUCCAAUACCGGUUGAGAAAAUCUCCCUGGAACCUUUAAUACAGGAUGACCAAAAGACAUCGAAACUUGUAGCAGAAAUUUUCAUGACAACACAAACAAGUUCGAUCUUUGAUGCGGAAACUAUUACGAAAGAGUUGUUAAAUUUAUUCCGUUGCUCUGGUUGUAAUAGAUACCUAUUGCCAGUACCCAAUACGGGGUCAAGUACUUUACAAUGUUCCAAUUGUCGAACCCGCAGAGAUGCUACGGUUUUAAACUUGGACACAGUGGCUAAUUUGGUAAAGUUUCCCUGCCACAAUGUUGAAAACGGUUGUUCUUUUACAUCAUCACCCCAAGAAAUAAAAAACCAUCAAGACCUUUGCCAAUAUGGAAGUCAAAGCUGUCCCAUUCAGGACUAUACCAAGUGCACCUGGAAUGGUCUCUAUAAAGAUUUGGAUUCGCAUUUCCGGAAAAAUCAUCACGAUAUAUUAAUUACUUCGAAUGACAUUUCCGUAAUUAUUUCAAGCCUCCCACGAAACAAUAAUUCUCAUAUUUAUCCUAGAGAUAUGGGAUUUCAUCAACGUGAUCGUAGGGGUUUUAGGGAGCACAAUUUAUGUAGCGGCGAUGUACAUUUGGUUAAAUGUUACCUUAUGAAAUUUGGAACGCAUUUUUUCAACUUAAUAUUUUUCCACACAGGCGACAAAUAUUACUGGGUUGUGCAGAUGAUGGGAGAAUUUAAAGAUAUGUUUAGAUAUGAGAUAGAAAUAAUUGAUAAUAAUAACAAAGUCAAUAAAAUGACUGUCACCAAUGCGUGUUCUAAGCACACUGAAAAGAAAAUUUUGUUGAAUAAUUUGCGCGACUGUUGCUUCUUUAGUUCGGAACAAAUCCAAAGUUUUUUAGGAAAGCAAAAUGAGCUUACUUUUAAAGUUUAUAUUUACCAAAAUAAUUAAAAGUAUUUGUAAUUUACUCCUAUUUUGUUAAUCUUUUACAUUGUAGUAAAAUUGUAAACGUUGAAUAAACAUGAAUGUUAAUAUAA